GCGCAGAACCUCCUCACAGAAGAGUCAGGACUAAAAUCGACUUUAUUUUCCCUGAUUUUCCUCAGUUAUUCAUUAAAUCAAAUAAAGAAGAGCACUAUUCAUUUUCAAAACACAAAUCAGAGCCACCUCAUGUCUGAAAGUGGAGACCGGGAUCGAUCUGGUAGGCGACGCAGACGCAGAGGAGGGAGAAAGGAACUUGAAGUUCGAGAAAAGUCAGACACACCAACAGUCACAAAGCCCCCUACUAUACUGACAAAGCCUCAUACAGAUCGCAAUGACAGGACACCAGAUGAUAGCCCAAUGGCGUCUCCAGGGGCAGGAUCCCGGGGCACUGAAUCUAAACCAAUCAUUAUGUUGAAGAGUCGAGAGCCUCGUGAUGAAUCACGUCAGAUGUCUCCUGCUGGGAGAAAUCAGAAUAUACCUGGGAUUCCUGUUAGGGAUUUACCGUCAGAAACUCCACCAUCCACACCUUCUUAUCAUCUACAGUCUAGGGGCUCUUUAUCAAAUGCACCAUCAGAAGCCCACUCAACUGCAGUGAACCCCACAGUGCUUGGGACAAGCUCAGACAAAGGCAAAAGCAUGAAACUGGUAGAUGAGGCUUUUCAGUGGUCAGAAUUUGCAAUGGAAACCCUGCUUGAUAACUCCAACUUCCUGGUCAUUGGAUUUGUUGGACUACAGGGCAGUGGAAAGUCAACUAUUGCAUCAUUACUAGCUGGAGCAACUGUAACUUCAUCUUCAAGGUUGUAUCCGUUCAAGCCCCAGAGCCAGGAAGUGAGAGAGGUGUGUGCUCAUCAGACAAUAGGGAUAGACAUCUAUGUUACUGAUGAGAGGGUUAUCUUUCUGGAUUCACAGGCCAUGUUGAGUGCAUCAGUUCU